CAUCCAUUGAAGACUAUUGGUUGCUACUCAAAAGACCCACAACCAUGAAAGCAAAUGGAGCAUAGUCAAGCACUUCCAUUGGACCAUUUUUAGUACAAGUACUAUUUGCAGUCUUGAAGAGGGAGAAUAGCCAUGACUGUUGCUAAUGAAAUCGAGGCUCCAAUGAGGCUUGAGGGAAAGUAUAAAGCAAUGUUGGUUUGUUUUGUUCUUGGGCUGGGGUCCCUUGUUGCAUGGAACAGUAUGCUGACAAUUGGAGACUACUACUAUCAACUAUUCCAGAAAUACCAUCCUUCACGAGUACUUACACUCGUUUAUCAACCAUUCGCGCUUGGAACAAUGGCAAUACUGGCAUACAACGAGUCAAAGAUCAAUACUAGGUGGCGCAAUUUAUUUGGAUACACUCUUUUCUUCGCAAGUACUUUGUUGGUCUUAGUUUUGGAUUUAGCCACAUUCGGGAAAGGUGGAAUUGGACCUUUUGUUGGUAUAUGUUUGCUUUCUGCUUGUUUUGGAGUUGCACAUGCCCAUGUUCAAGGUGGAAUGGUUGGAGACCUAUCUUUCAUGUGUCCUGAAUUCAUUCAGUCCUUCCUUGCUGGUCUCGCCGCGUCAGGGGCUCUGUCCUCUGCUUUGAGGCUAAUCACAAAAGCAGCCUUUGAGAAAUCUCAGAACGGGCUUCGCAAGGGAGCUAUGUUAUUCCUGGCGAUGUCCACGUUCUUUGUGUUUUUGUGUAUUCUUCUUUAUGCGAUGGUCUUCCCUAAGUUGCCAAUAGUGAAGUACUAUCGCUCAAAGGCAGCCUCAGAAGGAUCGAAAACUGUAUCCGCUGACCUUGCUGCUGCUGGAAUCCAGAAAAACACAAACCAAGGAGAAGGAGUACUGCAACUUUUCUUUAACCUCAUAAUACAUCAUGUUUAGCGAA